AAGCGCAGCGCGGUCCCGGAAGGCGAGGUGCUGACAUAUUUCCGGCCUUUGUGACUCAUUGUGUCUGUGUCGAGGCGUCGGGUUGGCCUAGGUCCGAUUGCGGUGCCCUUCGGCCGGCCUGAGCCCUAGAGUCAGCUCCCUUUUCUCGCCCAGCAUCCCCAGGCCGCUCCCGGGGCUCACGGAAUAGUACGGAAACAGGUGUAAAACGUCUAGCCAGAAAGGCCAGCACAGACCCCAUUUGUAUCACGCCAGUUCCCUGAGCCUAAAGGAUGACUGCUGAGUCAAGGGAAGCCACGGGUCUGUCCCCCCAGGCCACACAGGAGAAGGACGGCAUCGUAAUAGUGAAGGUAGAAGAGGAGGAUGAGGAAGACCACAUGUGGGGGCAAGAUUCUAGCCUGCAGGAGACACCGCCUCCCGACCCAGAGAUAUUCCGCCAGCGUUUCAGGCACUUCUGUUACCAGAACACUUUUGGGCCUCGAGAGGCACUGAGUCGGCUAAAGGAACUUUGUCAUCAGUGGCUAAGACCAGAAGUAAACACCAAGGAGCAGAUCCUGGAGCUGCUGGUGCUGGAGCAGUUCCUUUCCAUUCUGCCCAAGGAGCUCCAAGUCUGGCUACAGGAGUACCGGCCCGAUAGCGGAGAGGAGGCUGUGACCCUCCUGGAAGACUUGGAGCUUGAUCUGUCGGGACAGCAGGUCCCAGGUCAAGUUCAUGGGCCUGAGAUGCUCGCCAGGGGAAUGGUACCUCUGGAUCCAGUUCAGGAGUCUUCAAGCUUUGACCUCCAUCACGAGGCCACCCAGUCACAUUUCAAGCAUUCAUCUCGGAAACCCCGCCUCUUGCGGUCCCGAGCUGUCCCUGCCACCCACGUUCCUGCCCCUCCUCAUGAGGGGAAUCCCAGAGACCAGGCGAUGGCAUCUGCCCUACUGACCGCAGAUUCCCAGGCAAUGGUGAAGAUCGAGGACAUGGCCGUGUCCCUCAUCCUGGAGGAAUGGGGAUGUCAGAACCUGGCUCGGAGGAAUCUCAAUAGGGACAGCAGGCAGGAGAAUUAUGGGAACAUGUUUUCCCAGGGUCGUGAAAACAGGAGUGAGAACAAGGAGUCAACCUCAAAGGGUGAAGACACACAGGACUCAGGGUCCCAUGGGGAGACGGCGGGAAGAUGCCAGAAGGAUUUGGGAGAGAAACGGGAACAGCCAGGCAGAGUAGUAGAAAGGCAACAGAGAAACCCCGAAGAGAAAACUGGAAAAGAGAAGAGAGAGUCAGGGCCAGCUACAGCCAAGGAGAAAAAACCUACUACAGGAGAGAGAGCUCCAAGGGAGAAGGGCAAAGGGUUGGGAAGAAGCUUCAGUCUGAGUUCAAACUUUAACAAUACCCCUGAAGAGGUUCCAACAGGAGCAAAGUCUCACAAGUGUGAUGAAUGUGGAAAAUGCUUCACAAGAAGCUCAAGCCUUAUCCGCCAUAAAAUAAUCCACACUGGAGAAAAGCCCUAUGAAUGUAGUGAGUGUGGGAAAGCCUUCAGUCUCAACUCAAACCUUGUCCUGCAUCAGCGAAUCCACACAGGGGAGAAGCCUCAUGAAUGUAACGAAUGUGGCAAAGCCUUCAGUCACAGCUCAAAUCUCAUCCUGCACCAGCGCAUCCACUCUGGAGAGAAGCCCUAUGAAUGUAAUGAGUGCGGGAAGGCCUUCAGCCAGAGCUCAGACCUCACCAAGCAUCAGCGAAUCCACACGGGGGAGAAGCCCUAUGAAUGUAGCGAAUGUGGAAAAGCUUUCAACCGAAACUCAUACCUUAUUUUGCAUCGGAGGAUUCACACUCGAGAGAAACCUUACAAGUGCACUAAGUGCGGCAAAGCCUUCACCCGGAGCUCAACCCUCACACUGCAUCACAGAAUCCAUGCCAGAGAGCGAGCCUCAGAAUACAGCCCCACCUCCCUGGAUGCAUUCGGAGCAUUCCUGAAAGGUUGUGUGCGUGUGGUCCUAAAGAGCCAGGAAUCCAAAGAAUCCCAUCUCCUGCUCUACAGAGCCCGACCUUGGGGAGACUGGUUCGGAGUCUGUGUGAUGACCAAGGUCGUGGGCAUGGCUACAGUUCUGGGCCCCAGGCCACCUCAGCAGCAGCUGGGUCCUGUGAUUCUGAAAGUCAAGGAGGAGGAAGAGAAAGGGAAGUGCCUUCCUAGCCUGGAGAUAUUCCGCCAGCGCUUCAGGCAGUUUGGGUACCAUGACACCCCGGGGCCCCGGGAGGCCCUGAGCCAGCUCCGGGUGCUCUGCUGUGAGUGGCUGCGUCCCGAGCUGCACACCAAGGAGCAGAUCCUGGAGCUACUGGUGCUAGAGCAGUUCCUGACCAUCCUGCCCCCGGAGCUCCAGGCCUGGGUGCAGGAGCACUGCCCUGAGAGCGCUGAAGAAGCCGUCACCCUCCUGGAAGAUCUGGAGCAGGAAUUGGAUGAACCAGGACUGCAGGUCUCAACUCCUCCAAAUGAACAGAAACAAGUGUGGGAGAUGUCAACAGCAGGAGCAGCAAAGGAGUCCCCAAGCAGUGUGCAUUCUCUGGAGGCCAGUCCUAAGUAUGAAUCUUGGGGGCCCCUGUACAUCCAAGAGACCGGUGAGGAAGAGGACUUAACUCGAGAUCCAAGAAAGAGUCGAGAUUGUAAAUUGAGUCAUCCCCAGAAUGAGGAAUCAGCAGAUGAGCAGAACAGUUCUAAAGAAGAGUCUGGCGCCGAUGGACUCGAGAAGGACAUCAUUCCUGUGAUUAUUGCCAAUAAGUGUGAGGCCAGGUCAGACAGGCCAUGGGUAAAUCUUGAAAAGCAGAGAGGAGUAAAAACUGCUCUUCAAGAAACAGGUUCUAAGAAAAGGGCAGACUCAGCUCCUACUAAACCAACCCCAGGAGAAAGACGUUACAUAUGUGCUGAGUGUGGAAAAGCCUUUAGUAAUAGUUCAAAUCUUACCAAACACCGGCGAAUACACACUGGGGAGAAACCUUACGUGUGCACCAAAUGUGGGAAGGCUUUCAGCCACAGUUCCAACCUUACCCUUCAUUACAGAACCCACUUGGUAGACAGGCCCUAUGACUGUAAGUGUGGGAAGGCCUUCGGGCAGAGUUCAGACCUCCUUAAACAUCAGAAGAUGCACACAGAAGAGGCUCCGUACCAGUGUAAAGAUUGUGGGAAGGCGUUCAGUGGCAAGGGCAGCCUCAUUCGACACUAUCGCAUCCACACUGGGGAGAAGCCCUAUCAGUGUAAUGAGUGUGGGAAGAGCUUUAGUCAGCAUGCGGGUCUCAGUUCACAUCAGCGCCUCCAUACUGGAGAGAAGCCCUAUAAAUGUAAGGAAUGUGGGAAAGCCUUUAACCACAGCUCAAAUUUUAAUAAACAUCAUAGAAUCCAUACUGGGGAAAAGCCCUAUUGGUGCAGUCAUUGUGGAAAAACCUUUUGUAGCAAGUCAAAUCUUUCCAAACAUCAGAGAGUGCAUACUGGAGAGGGAGAAGUGCUGUAAUUGUCAAAAAUUCCCUUUGGCUGUUGUUUUUGUUCUUGUAAACAUUAGAAUGUGAAUGUUAGGGAGAAGUCCUGUAAUGCAGUAACAGCUGAUAGAUUUUGCUACACUCAGCAUCAAAGGCCGCCCUUGGAGUGAGCUCCGCAGGGGUACUGUAGGCAAGAGGUCCUCAGAGAGCAGCAGUGGGCUCUGCCAUGGACGCCUCCCAAGGCACAGUCCCUGCCCUACACUGCAGGACCCCAUGAACCAUGCCAGCAUUGCCUUCUGCAUAGUUAAAUUGAUGUGUAUCCAGUAUAAUUAAGGAAGAAACAUUAAAACUUGUUUAGCUGUUGUAUUCUAGAAUUGUAAUUUGUAAAGAAUUGAGCCAUACUGAAUAGAAUUUAAUAAAAUUCAGAAUAAACUUAAAACAUCA